AUGGCGACUGAGACCGCGCUCGGUCCUGAAAACGCUCGUCUGCUUGGGAUUUCCAACUUCCUUAUACACAUUAGUGAGGCCUACAGCAAGUUGGCAGCUUUUUUAUCGAUGGCGGGGAAGAAGAAACUCACUCAGGAUUCCUAUAUACGGUCUUUACCAUAUUCUGCUUUGCGUUUCAUGGCUAUGCAUUUGGAUACAGAUAAUAGAUGGAAACUAUUCGCAACUUUCGUACCAAGAAAAUUGACGCCGGGAGCUGAAUUUCAAGAGAGAUACUCCACGCUCCAGAUUGAUAUGUUUGAAGUUAGGGGUAGACACCCUGGCGCUAGUCCUACACUUCUCAUCCUCAACGAUUGGGCCACACAGAACGCACAACUCAAACAUUUACUCGAGGUAUUCCAGAAAGCCAAGAUGUACAUAGUCGCAGAUUACCUCCUGGAUCAAAUGGACCAGAAAAAAAUAGCAAAUGUGGAGGAGUGGUACAAUGGAAACAACCCUGACUCCACUGUGUCGUCUCUCGGUGCUAAUCUAUCCAGCAUGAAAGUCACACAAGACAUCAAUGACGAUCCCAAAAUGACACUGUACAACAAACCAAAAUUGAAUGAUUCAGACUUUGCAUCAGAGAGUAUGUCUAGCAGUGGUUCGGAGAUGGCGACAUCUUGUGCAUUCACUAGCAAGCCUUCCGCUGACUGCGAAGCUGCUAAUUACGUUGUUGGUAAAAGCUUGUCUAACAUGGGAGACCAAUUGUCAUGUCAGCCUGCUUGCCAAUUCCCAACCCGAGAGGAAUCAAAACAUUCUUCCAUAGGAUCUCCUUCCCUAGUGGGUAAAAAUGACUCCCAGGGACUACAUCCCUCUCAAGUGGGUAAAAAUGAUGCUUCACUACAACAGGCCUCCCAAGUUUGCACAGAGGAGACCCCACGUCAGUGUUUCUGCACCUCUUCCCGUGAAAUAAGUUAUACCAUGCUCCAAAACUUUACCAGGAACUUUGCCGAGUUAGACGUGUCAAGGGGAGGUAAUAUGAUUGGGUGUGGUGGUUUUGGUGUGGUAUUUAUUGCUGAAUCACCUCAUGGUUGCAAAGCUGCUGUAAAACAGUUGCGACAUCCCGGCGAUCCGUUAAUGGAGAAACAAUUCCAAACAGAAUUAGAAAAAUUGUCUAAAUUCCGACAUGAAAAUAUUGUGUCAUUGCUGGGGUACUCUGUUGAUGGUUCUAAGAAGUGUUUGGUGUACGACUAUAUGCCAAAUGGGUCGCUGGAGGAACGUCUCUGCUGCUUUAGAAAAACAGAACCGUUACCAUGGAAACGUAGACUUGAGAUUGUCACGGGGACGGCACGUGGGAUUGUGUUUUUGAACAGCCAAGGUGAGGUGCAUCGUGACAUUAAAAGUGCCAACGUGUUGCUGGAUGAAAACUUUGUCCCAAAGGUGGGGGAUUUUGCUACAGUGAGGACAGGGCCAUCGGGAAGCAGCACAACAGCUAUGGAAACCAUGCAGGUGAUUGGUACCUCUGCCUAUAUGGCGCCUGAGGCGAUCAGGUUUGAUGUUUCUGCCAAGUUGGACUCCUUUGCCUUUGGAGUGGUCUUACUGGAGGUCCUGACUGGGCUAUCACCCAAUGACCCGCGUCGGGAGGAAGCCGAUCUUUGGAGUUAUGUUCAGGAGACUUGUGAUGAUAAUGAGAGCAUUAAAGAUCUUCUAGACAAAUCUGCUGGGGACUGGAAUGUUAACGUAGCCAUCGCUGUGUUUGUCAUUGCCCAGAAAUGUCUCCAUGAUAAGAAGAAAAAGCGUGUUCUAGUGGCAGACAUCUUACCCGACCUUGAGCAGUUCAUACAGACAUGCUGUUCUGACACCUUUGUGUAGUUCAAUGUACUUUAAUCUGAUAAGGCCUGCAUGGGAUCAGAUUUUUUACCAAAUGGCACAAGAUAUGACAUGCAAGAUACAAUAAUACAAUUAUAGCUCACAAGAGCUAAUUAUGUUUCCUCAUUAUAUAUGUAACUUUUAACGAAGCUCCUUGUAUAGUUAGCUAUUGUCCAUUGUCCGUCCGUCGGUCCAUCCAUCAGAACAACUUCUUCUGAAGAACUGGAGGACCGAGGCUCAUGGUAUUUGGCCAGUAGGUACCUGGGAUGGAGUGCU